UUGAAAAAUCGUUUAUUUAUAAACAUGUACAAAAAUUAUACACUCUGUCGAUCGGUUAUACCGAUUUCAUAUAUUAUCCACGUAGAACACACUGUGUAAGCAGAAACUAGCGCAAGAACGUUAUACAACGCAAAAAGCGAAAAAUCGUGCGAUUCGAGUUCGUUUUUUUUUUUUUAACGACGAUGAGUAUGUUAUGGAAGGUCCGCACGAACUACCGAGCCGAUGAUGGUCCGCGAGUCACUGAGUCCGGAGCGUCGGGGAUGAAUAGCCUGUGUGUAAUGCACAGAGAUACGUGUACGUGCAGUGGAUUAUCGGAACGACGAUAAGACCGCCCCUGCAGUUUGCUCGAUUUAUGCAUGUGUUAUGUGUGUGUGCGACGAUGCAAUAGUCGCGCACCUCCGUAUUUAUUAUCGCCGCUGUGGCCUAUAUACCGCUGAGAGGCACUUUUCUCUUGCGGACUUCUUUUUGCUGUGCGCAGAGUUGAGAUUGGCGUUGAAAAUUUAGGUAUCGGUUAUCGAUUAAUCAAGAUUUUCUUCAUAGUUUUAUUAUUAUUUUUUUUUUUAAUAGGAUCAUUUCACGCAUAAAGCAUUGAGUCAGUGUACACAACAAUGGCGCUUUAAGCCCAAACGCACAUCUUUCAAAUUUUCAUCACCCACUUAUACAGCACACGUUUAAAAAAAAAAUAAAACGACCUGACAAGUGCGUAUCCCGAACAGAUUUAUGAAUGAACUCUCAAAGCGAUCGCACGUGUGCCGGCGUCGAUGUCGAAUUCUUAUACAGAGACUCUUUCUCUCUUACUCUCUCGAUUGUUUUUAGGCGCUCGAGCUCCGGCACCUCAUAUAACAUUCCGGACCGCUGUUACACUCGUUCGAUUCAUGAACGAACGCGCGACGUUUAAAAAAAAAAAAAGAGGACCGUGACGCACCGUCGAUGACGAUUUUUUUUCUCUGUUUUGCAAUUCGGCGAUGAAAGUGAGAGCCGCUAAUUAUUAUGUUUCGAUUAUGUUAUUGUUUGGUUCACGAGUGCGGCAGGAUGUUUUGACUUUUGCGCGAGACGGAGGUGUGUAUGUAGAGGUAUAAUACCGGGAGAUUCGUAGAAUUGGGGGUGUGUGCCGCGUGUGGUAAAAUAAAAAAUUUGUGCCUUUAUAUACUAUCUUUUAUUUUGAGAUAAUAUAUACAUUAAUUAAACUGAUUCGAGAGCAUCAUAUCGAAGCGUAUUAUGUAAGUACAGUGUAACAAUGCGAUAUAAAUUAUCGCGAGUCUGUGUAUACGCGAAACGUAAAUGUUUAAACAAUAUCGCUCGAUAAUUGCCAAUACGCGUGUAUUAACGAGUGGAUUAGGAGCAUUUAGAUAAAUUCUAAUCGUACGAUGAGAUAUAAAGUGAGACACAUAUUUAUAAACGAUUUAUUUUCAACGACUUAAUCGUAUACUUAUUAAGGAUAAUCGAUUUUUUCGUUUUUCCGGUCGAACUCGGCACGUGAUUGUACUUAUACACUGUGUGAGUUGAAAAGAAAAUUAUUAUCGCGCUAUACUCGGAUAUUUUCUGGUAAUCCUAGUAUUUAUGUCUACUGAUAAUAAGUUUUUUCGUAUCAAUCUUGCGAACGAUAAUAGGAUUUUUCGCCCAUUACUAUUUUUGCACUAUUCAAUCGAUUCAUAACAAAUAUUCGAUAAGGAAAGUUUCUCACCACCAGCAUCAUCAACUGCUGACUAAUACGUGCUGCGCUUGAGGUCACUUGAUUUCUUAAUCGAUCUUUUGUAUAUAAUCACGCGUGAUUAUAUAGAUCGUGAUCUAUAGAUCAUUGGAAAAUAAUUUGCUGAAUGCUUGCUUAUAGAAUGAGCAUCAUAAAUUUUGGAUAAUUAUUUUCAUAUUUAUAGUACUGUAUAAGAAAGUCGCACAUCUUCGUUUAUUUUUCAUCGAAUAAAACGUUCGAUCGUUAAAUUCAAAGAGAUUACGACCGAUGAGUAGUUUUUAAAAAGUCCGGGGUCGACGAAAGUCAGGGAUCACGUAAACCAGAGCAUUAAAUCAUUCGAGCUAUAUAUACUUCUCUCGAUGCCUCAAGUGUCCCUUUAUGUGCGUGCGUCUUUGAAAAGCGCUUUUUCUUCUCGAGCGCGCGCAGUCAACCGAAGAGAUAAAAAAAGCCGAAAAGGGUGUGAUAGAGACGUCGUGGUUGGACGGAUUCGAUGGCUUAUCAGUUUUUGGUGAACGAUUUAUAUAUAACAAUUAUUCUUACUUAUUCGUAUAUUGUUAAUAAAAAUAUUCAUAUACAAUUAGCUGAAAUCUAGGCUCGCUCGGCGCACACGAGGACACUUUUAUGCUUGACCUCUAUACAAACUACACUACGAGUUCCAGAAAGGAAGUGGUUCGAGCCACAUCCCGCAUUGUGAAAGAGUCGCCUUGUUCGAAAACCUUCGCGACGCCGCUGCUGAAUUAAAAAUAAAAUUCUUCUUUUUCUCCAAUUAAAUUAUGAUGCUUACUGGUAUACAGUUUUAAAACUCAAAUAAUUUUAGAAUUUCCUAUAUAUAUAUAUAUGAGCCACACAGAAACGCAAUGUAACGCGGAGACGAUCGAAGCGAACAAAGAAUCCACGGGAUGUGGGAGGAGAAGCCGUCGGUAGACAGUAUGCACACAUAGACAGCGAGGACGAGUUGGGAGGAGAAAGGAUUCCUCAAAAUGGCGCUCUGCCAGUAGCAGCUGGCGAAUGUUUUAUACCGAGAAGCCGAUCGAGCCUAUCGUAGGCCGCUCCGCCUUUCGUGAAUAUCCUUUGAAAUUUACCCUCUUUACAAUAAAUAAUUAUUUGCGCAAUUUCCUCGUUCACCGAGAGUAAACAUCGUAAUUUAUAAUUUCGAUGACUAAGAGAGUUCGGUUUAUCAAAACACAUCGCUCGAUCCAACAACUACUGUACAGACGCAUAAACGUCCCACUUUCCGGUCGGUCUCUGCCUCUCUUUUUCGGUCUUAUCUCGUCUAUUGCGCAUUUUAACUCUCGACCAUAUACGCCCUUCUACGGUGGCAUCGUUACUCAAGUGUCCUCUCUUCCCUCUCUCGGUUUUCCACUUUUUCCACGAGACCUUUAUCGCUUUUUAUUCGUUCGCUCGUUUUUUUUUUUCGAGAAAGAUAUUCCGUGUGCAGGCUGAUAAGACUCUAUAUGUAUACGCCAUGUCAGCUCGGACUGAUGCAACUGAGCGAUCGUAAAACUGGAAGAGUAAUGAUCGUCGUUGGAAUCGAUGAUAAGCGCUUUUUUUUCGCGGGUUUUAACGAUGAUCUUCAGAUAUAUCCCACUGAUAGUUUCUUCUUUUUCGGAAAUCGUUAUUCAAAUUUCUGUGACGUUGUACGCCUGCACGAGUUACAACGUUAAAGUAUUUUUAAAUUUUUAUCAAACUCAUUCCAAUGGAACUGUAUAUCGUACGUUAUACGUUUUAUACGAAUGGUCUAGCAAAAUGUUUUUCAACUCAUGACUACUGUGGGUAUUAUUUUUCCUCGUAAAUAUUUCGUAAUAAAAAAAAAAAAAAAAUAGCUGCGCUCGUAUAAUGCAGCAACUUUAAAUAUUUCCAUUUAUGCAAAUUCCGUGCACUAUGCGCUUACGCAAGAUGUUGCUACCAGCAUAUGUAGAUACUAUAAUAAUAGAAAUGAAAGCAUAAGUUGGUAGCUAUUUUUCCGGAUAAAAAAAAAAUUAAUUUUUCUCUUGUUAAUUCUAUCCUACAUAAUAUUUUAACUCGGCUACAGCUCGCGCUAUACUGUGUGUGGUGCAAAAAAGUAGAACAAUUUUAUUACGCACCGCAGCCUAUGACUAACUGCUUCUACUUUUUAAUUGCCAUAACAACUCGCCUCUGGGCUAUUACUAUUACUUACGUAUAGGUUGUACUUUAUUCACAACUAUUAUAAACAAUGCAACAGGCAUAUUUGUUGAUAAAAUAAUUUAUUUUUAACUUUUUCAAAAAUUCAUUCAAUCUUUCGACUAUCGAAAGUAGCUCGUACUCUUUAAUCCCAAGCGCACCUGCACGUUUUUCCAAAUACCUCGACGAACAAAAGCAUCGCGAGCGAAAGAGAGAGAGAGAGAGAGAAGUAAAAAAAUCCCGUCGCGUAUAUGUUUACUCUUUCUUCCACUAGUCUCGACUCUAGCACUCGCUCGCUAUACUGUAUACACAAAAGGCCGCGUUGUGGUCCGUAGCGGUGAAAUUCAUCGCGUCACGGAACUUUUUUCUUUUUUGCGCCAGCAGCAGCAGCAGCGGUAGUAAGAGCCGAGAGCGUUAUUGUUUUCCCGCGCGCGAGCGAGAAUUUCCUGAAACGCAAGCUCUCUUAUGGAAAUCGUGUGUAAUAUCCCGCGGGUCGCAAGUGUAGUUUCGUUUCUACCGUUUCUUCUUCUGCGUCUCGUGUACUGGACUUGCUGCUGUGCAGAGGGCGAGGUGCUGUAGCUUGUUCUGCAGUACCGGACUACCCAAGCACCACCGAGCCGACGAAUCAGCCCCUCCGUCCCACCACCAACAGCAGCAUCACGACAAUUCCAUCGGAUCACCAGCUACUAGAAAGCGGUAACAAACCCGAGGAAGAGGCGGUCGUGACUGUGGGCGUGUCGUCGGGGGCGUGCACCGAGCUGGAGGCGAAAAAUGGCGUCGGGAACGACGAGCAGUUAGACGCUAACCGCUACGACGACGAGGUCGAGCAUCAGAGCUGUCCCAACGACGAGGAGAGUCGCUCUUUGCUGGAAGUUGGUCUCGCUGGUCUUACGCAGAGACGGUUCGAGAACGACCACGGGGAUCACGGCGACGAGCAACGGCUCUACCUCACCCCCGCAUCACCGCAGUACCCACCAGCGCCAGCAGCAUCAACCCUCGGGGAGGAGUCUCAGCCCCACAACCCAUCAGAGGAUCAUCAUCAGCAGCCACCACAGCCUCAUCAUCGUCUCGUCUCUCAAGACAACAACAUCAUCAUCUCUCCUUCAGCGCAGCAUCACCCCCACCAAAGCUACGCCAACAGCAGCAGCGGCGGCAGUACAGUAGAAGAACUAGGGGCGGGAGAGUUAGUCCCUGCUUCCGCAGUAGUUCCCGAGGGAGGGGAUAGCUUGCGGCAACGGCGGCGACGGCGGCGACACAGCGACGAGCUCUCAGUCCCGACGGAAGGGAAGAGCGCCGGCAGUCACAUGCCUCUCGUGCUCGCGAUGCACCGCUACGGAACCGAGGCUCUCUCCCCGGCAGCCAGCUCUGACCACCACAGUCACCACCACCACCAUCACCACCACUUGAGCGCUGGUGAGCAGCAAGUUAUCGCUCGUCACCUCGAGGAACAGCAGCAGCAGCAGCAGCAGCAGCAGGAACAGGAGGACGUCGACAGGGUGAACGGUAUCACGGCAGCGAUGAGGGGCGCCAGGGGCGAGUUCAACCUGAACGUCCUCUUCCCCGGCAUGUCGAGCAGUGCCGGUAACCACCACCACCACCAGCAGCAGCAGCAGCAGCAGCAUCUCGAGGAGGUUCUCCACGACGAGUCGGCUUACCUGCAGAUUCGCACGUCGAGCGAGGGUGUGUCACCGGUACCGGUGAGGACGGCCAGUUCCCCCGGUUCCAGCAGGAGUCCUCACGAGGAUCACCAGCAGCAGCAGCAGCAGCAGCAGCAACAGCAGCAGCAGGAGCUGUCCUCGCCACACAGACACAACGACUCGGGCUACAGUCCCAGUCAGGAUCAGGGACGGCUGCAGAGCUUCACCCAUCUGACGACGAUGCAGCCGACCGUCGUGGUGAACCACCUCCAGGAGGUCGACAGGGUCCAGCCGGACCAGCUCUACAUCGAGUCCAUCUACGCGCACCAGCAGACGGCCGCUCAUCACCACCACCAGGACCACGAGGGAAACUCACCCCACUCGCCCACUGCUCCCAGUUCGUCGUUGUAUCGCAUGACCGGAGUCGGUGGCAUCGGAGGUGGUACCGGAGCCAGCUCUGGCUAUCCGCUCUACGUCAACCCCGCCGAGCUUACGCCCACUACCCAGCAGCUCUGGUCUUCUCAAGUACCAUCUCUCUCCGGCGGCCUGCCCUCGAUGUCGGAGGACUACGGCGUGAGCAAAGCGCCGACGGUGAGUCACCAGAGUCUCCCGCCGUUCAGCACGCGCUUCCCUCGUUAUUCGCCGCCCUACACGUCCCAGCACGGUAACACCGCUGCCGACGUCGCCGCUGGCUGGCCGGGUUACGCUCCUACGGCCGAAUCGGCACUCAGCUCGCAAUACGCCGCCGCCGUUACGUCGUCCACUGGACGAGGAAGACAGUCGGGAUCCAGCGCUGUGGUCAGCAAUCCGCCCAGCCAGGCCCAGCAUCAACUCAGCGCUGCUGCCAGCCUUUCAGCCAUGCACAACAUCGAAGCCGAGUACUUUACCGAGGGCCGUGAGUGCGUGAAUUGCGGCGCAGUCUCGACGCCGCUCUGGCGGCGCGACGGCACAGGCCACUACCUCUGCAACGCCUGCGGCCUCUACCACAAGAUGAACGGCAUGAAUCGGCCACUGGUUAAGCAAUCACGGCGUAUGUCGGCCUCUAGACGCGCCGGACUGUCCUGCAGCAACUGCAAGACCACGACCACCUCGCUGUGGCGUCGCAAUGCCCAAGGCGACGCUGUCUGCAACGCCUGCGGGCUGUACUUCAAGCUCCACGGCAUCAACAGGCCGCUCACCAUGAAGAAGGACGCCAUCCAGACUCGCAAGCGCAAACCCAAGAACAUGAAGAUGACCGACGCGCCUAUCAACCACAACGCGUCGCCUGUCUGUGGAUUGAACAACAACAACAACAACAACAAUAACAAUAACAAUACCAAGCUGAAGCUCGAACUCGAUCACCACAACGACCUGCGCUACGCCUCGUCGCAGCCGUCGUACGUCUCCAGCCUGUACAGCCAGCCUCAAACCACUCGGGUAUCAGCCAUCUCUUACCAGUCGGGGAUGUCCAACAUCUAUUACGACGUGAUGAGCCAACAGCAGCAGCAUCAACAGCCCCAGAAUCACAUGCUGGAGAACCACCACUCGCCAAAGGUCGAGUGCCCGUCGCCUCCGUGUGCCACGCGUUCUCCAGUCCUCGGCUCGGCUGGUCACUCUCCUGACCAUCACCAGAUGGCCUCGUCGCCGCACAUCGUUCCGCUCAACAACUCGUCGCCUGGUCCCGCGGGAAAACUGCUCAUCGAUACCAUCGAACGGCCCACCGUUGUCUCGAUAUCGUCAUAGACGGGGAGAGAUCGGUUGGAAUCACACUGUGUGCUUGCGUGUGCCUGUGCGUGUGUGGGAUUUUAGCAGAACGUUUUUUUUUUAUGAAUUUUCGAAAAUUUGUAUCUCUUCAUCAUGACACACUCCUAUGACUUUGUAUACGGAGAUUUAUUUUAGUUUUCUUUGACGAGUCUUUCAACCGAUCAGUUUUGUACAAAUCUGUACAUCUUGCCGAACUUAUAUAUGGUUUCUUUCAUAUAUUGUUUUAUUGUACUGAGAAUGUAAAACGCUGCACAAUAAUCUAGAUACACUAAAUGCGGGUGUAUGAAUCAUCUAAUUGAGAUGUUAUUUCUCGUGUAAAUAUAAGAGUGAAGCAUCGUUGCUCCGCACUGCAGAUUCGCACGAAUCUCGAUGAAUCUCGAGUUCGACAUUGGGCCAAGGCCAGUUACGUCUAGUUCAUAGUUAGGCAUAAGUAAGCUCGUAGCAUUACAAGUCUCCAUGAUUAUAAUAACCGUAGUUUUAUCUCCUCUUUUGUGUGUGUGUAUAUAUAUAUAUAUAUACACACACACACACUUCAACUGAAUUAUCGAUUAUAUUAUAGAUUAUAUAUUUUUUCUUCUGCAUACACACAAGCGUUGAUUGAUCUGUAAUUUUAGCUGACUUUUAUCCUUGUUGAAUAUUGAUCGUUUUAGCGAAGAUAGUAUGAAGAGUCGAUAUUGCGAAAUUGUUCCAAGUGCGUUUUAACGACUGAGUAAAACAAAAUCGUGCCUUACCGAAGGGACCAAAAACUACUGUAUGAACGCGUGUAAAUCGUAAAAGCAAUUUUUAAUAUCGAGAGUUUAUUUAUUUAGAGACAUAUACAGGCGUAUACAGUGUAGGCGCAAUUUUGAAGUAUACUAACGUGUUUUAUGAUUUUGUAAUACUUACAAUUGCGCGGCGCCAAGGGUUUUUUUUUUUGUUCGCGGCGUGACUUUAGCAAAUGUUCUUGACUUUAUUAUUGGAAUAAGAUUGACCAAUGUUUUUCAUGCAUAGAAUUUACUAGCUAUAAUAAUGUAAAUAUACAUAGUUUUUCCUCUUGUAUAGAUAAGGCUUGAAUAUCGGAGUCGUCAAUCUGCAUAACUUGCCAGCGAUUUUCAACCUAUGUAAUGUAUAAUUUUACGAACUAGUUUAACUUAUAAUAUCAAUAAUCUACAUAUAAGCCGUCGACUGUUCUGUAUAAUCAUCGUCAGCGUUAAUCGUCGCGGACGAUGAGAAAAAAGUUCUCGAGGCGCAGCAGCACGAUACCAAAAUGCAAUUGAUAAUAUUUUGUAAAUAAAAAAAAAAACAAAUAAUCUAACGAUGUCCUUAUAUAGUUGAUGAUAAACUAGUUAUUAAAUAUUACUACGACGAUAUAUCUAAAUUUGGCUGUUAAGAAGAAUAUCGUACGACGAUGAUUUUUGGGCGUGACUGUCGCGGGCUGAUGAUCGUCGAUUGUAUGAAAAAUUGUCGUGUAAGUUUACUAAUUGUAAUAAAGGUAGUUUUUAUCGAAGCAUAUCAUUAAUGUUUAUUGGACAAUGGAUACACCAUAAGUGGUCGCGCGUUCUUACUGUGUCGUGCAAUUAAGUAUAAUCUAUACACACACAACUAAUUAUUUUAUCGAGCUUUCGCGCGAAAUGUAUGAUGUUUCGCGCUGAACAUAUAGAUAUGCAUUUCAGAGUGUUGUAUCGAGUCAGCAAUUAUUUUUAAAUAAAACGGGAUUAAUUAAGUUGA